GCGCGGAGGAUGCACGCGGGGGUCCUGGGGCUCUCCGCCCUGCUGCUGGCGGCCGAGCAGAGCGCGCGCCUCUGCACCGUGGUUUACUCCUUCACCACAGGCCAGCUCCUCUGGGGGUGGCUGGCCCUCUCUGUGCUGCUGCCUGGCUUCCUGGUGCAGGGCCUGAGCUAUCUGUGGUUCCGAGCAGACGGACAUCGAGGCCAUUGCUUGUUGUUCAUUCUGCACAUCCUACAGCUUGGCGUGUGGAAGCGGCAUUGGGACACCACAUGGACUGUUCUAUCGAAGGAAUGGGAGGCCUCCCGCCAGGGCCAGCUGCUGCUGCAGGAGGCUGACCUGUCGGCCCUCCGCCUCCUUGAAGCCCUGCUUCAGGCUGGACCCCACCUGCUGCUUCAAACAUAUGUUUUCCUCGCCUCGGACUUCACUGAUGUUCUGCCAGGGGUGAGCGCCCUGUGCUCCUGGUCCGCACUGUCCUGGGCCCUGGUGUGCUACGCCCGUUUCAUGGGCUCCAUGAAGCCGGGUCGCCUCUCCAUGCCGUGGACUGCCCUCCUCUGCCAGCAGCUCUGGAGGAUGGGCAUGUUGGGAGCCCGCGUCCUCAGUCUGGUGCUGUUCUUCAAAGCUUACCAUGUCUGGGUUUUGGUUGUUGGAGGUGCCCACUGGCUGGUGAUGACAUUCUGGCUCGUGGCCCAGCAGAGUGACAUCAUCGACAGCAGCUGCCGCUGGAGGCUGUUCAACCUGCUCGUGGGGGCCGUGUACAUCUUCUGCUACCUCAACUUCUGGGACAGCCCUUCCAGAAACAGGAUGGCCACGUUCUAUACGAUAAUGCUGCUGGAGAACGUCAUCCUUUUGCUGUUGGCCACUGACUUUUUACAGGGGGCCUCGUGGACCAGCCUGUGGACCACGGCAGGAGUCUUGUCUGGAUUUCUGAUUGGCAGCGUCUCGCUGGUAAUUUAUUACAGCCUGCUACAUCCUAAAUCCACUGACAUCUUUCAGGGCUUUGUGAGGAAGUCCUGUGACACUGCAGGGGGUGAUAAAGCAGAGAGAGAAUCUUCUCCACAGGCCACGGCUCCAGCUGGGGAGAGGCUGGGGAGCCCGGGCGAGAGCCAAGAGGAAGGUUAUGAGCUAACAAGUCUGGGGAAGCCCCCCAGCCCACAGUGGGGCCCCUCAGAGGCUGGGCUGGAAAGCCAGAUUGCUGGGGAAGACUCUCUCCUCAGUCACCACCACUGGCUGUUGAUGAAACUUGCCCUAAAAACGGGAAAUGUGUCUAAGAUCAAUGCAGCCUUUGGAGACGAUUAUCCUGGCUGUUUUUGUCCCCCUGCAUGGGGAUUGAGCCAACAAUACAACCAGCAGAGGAAGCCCCCGUUUUCCCAGCAAGAGCCCCCAUCAUCACCCCAUGACCUCCUAACCUCAGAGAAAGGCUCUGAGUUUCAAGGUGUCCCGAAGGCAGAGUCUGAUCUGUUAGAAACCUCAAGUUAUGUCUCUUUUGCCAGUGACAGUCAUGACGAAGCCCCUGCCUGGAAGCUGUCAGCUACACAACAGGAGGGCAGCCCGAUGGAAGGAGCCAGGGCUGUUUCUGGAGCACAGGGGAGGGGUGCAGGUGGGCGGCCGGGAGGAGGAGAAGGACAGGAGAGCUCCACGCUGUACUUCAGUGCCACCACUGUAGGGGCCACAUCCUCAAACCUAGAAGGUGGGCAGGCAACUCCGCAGACACUCCACUCUGGGAGGAGGUUGGGGAAAGGCAGCCUUACCCAGCCUGCCUCACCUCAGCCAGCUGCUCAGCCCUUUCCCAUCGCCAUGGCCAACAUUAGCCCCAUCCUAGGCAUGGGCCCAGGUAGAACCUUCCGCCCCAAUGCAGGCUUCCCUGGCAGAACCCUGGGUGGCUCAGAGCAUGAGGAACAGCAGGAGCCCACAAGGGACCUACAUCGUGCUUCUACCACUGGCACACAGAUGUCACUGCCACAGGUGAGCCUGAGGCUGGCAGAUGAGCCUUGCCUCACAUCCACUCCCAAAUCUGAGUCCACCCACAGGGACUGCAGCUGGAGGGGAAAGCUGAAGACUGAGACAAGUUUCUUCAUCUGACUGCAGUCAUGGUAGGGCAAGACAACAGGCUGGCAAGUCAAGCUGGUCAUCGGAUAUUGGGACAGAAGGAAUCCCACUUCCGACACCUACAUUCUUGAGUACAUCUCAUCUCCCUCUGGACCUCCAUCUGCACAGCUGAAAAAUGAAAGAACUGGAUUAGAUUAUUUCUAAGAUCCCCUGUGAACACCACAUACCACACAUAUGCAGAGAAGACAUUCUCUAACGCAGUGUGGGAGGAGGAGAAAAGACUUCCAGUCAAAAUUGCCUGCUUCCUUUCUCAAACUAUAUAAUCCCUAUUUUAUUACUUUUUUUGCUGUGGAUUCUAGGAAACUCAAAGGUAAAACCCACAAUCCUAUUUUAUUCUGGAUUCUUGUUGCAACUAGCUUCUCCAGACACUAA